AUGGGUCACACAACGACAAGCACUACAGUACCCCGGCGAUUUUUGCGGCGCCGCCCGAAAAAAGAGAAGGUCCCGGCUGGAAUAUUCAAGGUACGGUAGCCCGCGAAAAUUUGAAAAAUUUGAAAAAUAAUUUGUUUCCAGACUUUUUCGUCGAGCGACGAGGAGAACAACAAAGUUAUGGAUGAAUUGUUGUUGUCAUCGAAGCUGAAGUGAGUUGGCCUAAGUUUUUUGGGCCUGAAAUUUGGGGCUUAGGCUUAGGAAUCUGAUAAAAUCAUUAGUUUUAUUGUUCCCAGCUCGAAAAAUUAGCCUAGAACCAAGUUUGCCCUUUAAAACUUUUGAAAAUCUAAAAAAAAAACAACGAUACUCCGCAAUGACGCCUCCGUGUAGUUCUCCCGGACAAGUUUGAAAAUUUUUCAAACAUUGUCAUUUUUUGUUUUUUCUUGGGUUCUAGGGUUAUUUUUUGUGAUUUUGAAGUUGGAAAUGGUUAGAAUUUAUGAAAAUUAGUAGGGGAUUCAAGAUUUUCAAAGAAAAUCUGGAAGUUUGCGCUAAUUAUCAUGAGAAAUCGGUUUUUUCGAACUUAGGCUUAUUUUUCGUGAUUUUUUCACUGGAAGCCUUCAAAAAACCCCAAAAAAAUUUUCAGACGGGUCGAUUCGGCGACUGGAAGUGUCUCAAACUCGCCUCGCGCUCUCCAACCGAUUCAAAUUGAAAAAGUCCAAAAAACACCCUACGUGGUUUUGCCGGCCAAUGAGAAAUUCUCGAAAUUCAGGACGAGAAGUCGAGUUGCAGUUGAUAUUGGUGAGAUUUCUGAAUUUUUCGUCAAAAUUUGAUCUAUUAAAAUUUUCGCGCCAAAAAAACUACUGUAUGUUUCGUUCCAGGCGGGACCCUCAUCAAAGUUGUAUAUUCAUCAGUUUGUGAAGAUGAAGAUCUACCCGAAGACGCAACUACACGAAUAUUCAAAUAUGAUGAUGGAAAAAAGAUUUUGGUGAAUUUCAAGAAAUUCACACAAAUGGACGAAUUUAUUGAGUUUUUGCAAAAUGUGGGUGGUUUUUCACAUUUUUCAGCAGCGAAAUUUGAACUUAGACUUGAAAACUGUGAAAAAUCAAUAUUCGCAUCGUUCUCAGCUCGAAAAAUUAGCCUAGAACAAAGUUUUCCCUUGAAAAACUAGUGAAAAUAAAAAAAAACAACGACACUCCGCCAUGACACACCCGUGUAGUUCUCCCGGACAAGUUUCGAAAUUGUUCGAAAAUUGCUUUUUCUUGAGUUCUAGGGUUAUUUUUCGAGAUUUAGAAGCUGGAAGUGCUUAGAAUUGAUGAAAAUUAGAAGGGGAUUCAGGAUUUUCAGCAAAAAUCUGAAAAUUUUGCAGAAUUGGCUUGAUCGAACACCAGAAGAUGUGAUUCAUUGCACAGGAGGUGGAUCCUAUAAAUUUGCAGAAAUUAUACGAAAAGAAUUGGGAGUCAAGUAGGGUUUCUAUUGAUUUUUCAUGAAAAUCGCCGAAUUUUGAUUCAAAAUUCUUGGAUUUUCACAAAAUCACAGAAAUUUAGCUGAAAAUUUGAAAUUUUAUUUGCAGAAUUCAAAGAACUGAUGAAAUGCGAUCGCUGAUUUAUGGAAGCAAUUUUUUGUUGAAUAACAAUGUUGAUGAAUCGUUCACCUAUCAUCAUGAUGCGAUUGGAAUUAAUAAGUGAGGAUUUAUUGAUUGUUGACUGGGAAAUCUGAAAAUUUGAGGGAAAAAUGAGCUAGAAUUCGAGUUUUUUGAGAAAAAAUGGGUUUUGGCUUGAAAUUUGAUCUGAAAAUCUGAAAAUUUCAGAAAAAUUGAGUUUUAGACUGAGAAUAUGUUAAAAAUUGACCUCAUGUGAAUUACAGGCUGAAAAUUCAGAAAAAUUGAUCUGAAAUUAAAGUUUUCGCUGAAAAUCUGGUGAAAAAUGACCUGCAAUUAAAUACACGCUGAAAUAUUCAACAAAAUUACUCAAAAAUCGAUUUUUCUGAAAUUACGCUCAAAAUUUAAGCUAAAAAACAAUUUUUAAUGAAAAAAUUGAAAAUUUGAGGGAAAAUGAUCUGAAAAAUCCGAAUUCCCAGCUGAAAAUUGAUUUUCAGAAACAAUUUUGACUAAAUUAACCUAAAAUUGAAUCCAGGAUGAAAUUUUGGGAAAAUUGAGCUAAAAAUCAAUUUUUACACGGAAAAUCAGAAAAUUUCUGAAAAAUUGAGCUGAAAUUGAAAUUUUCACUGAAAAUCUGCUGAAAAAUGACCUGAAAUCAAUUACAGGCUGAAAUAUUGAACAAAUUUACUCAAAAAUCGAUUUUUUUGAAUUUGGGCUCAAAAUUUAAGCUAAAAUUAAUUUUUAAUGAAAAAUCUGAAAAUUUCAGCUAAAAAUCUCUCAAAAUCCCAAAUUUUCAGAUUCCAAUAUCGCCCCAUCGCACAAGAUUUGAUCUACCCAUUUUUGUUGGUCAAUAUCGGAACCGGUAUCAGUAUUUUGAAGGUAAAUCCCAGAUUUUCAGCCAAAAUAUCUGAAAAUCCCGAAAAUCUUGCAGGUUGAUUCACCUGAUAGUUAUGAACGAGUUGGUGGAAGUUCGAUGGGUGGCGGAACAUUUAUGGGAUUGGGAAGUAUGCUAACACCGGCUAAAAGUUAGUUUUAUCUGAAAAUUUUGCUGAAAAUCACAAUCAGCUCGAAAUUUGACGCAUUUUGACACCAAAGAUGUCCGAUUAUGCUCAAAAACAUCAGAAAUCAAUCUGAAAUUCAAUUUCAGACUUCCAAACCACGUGGAUUGUCUUAGUUAGCCUAAAUCAUGAUUUUAGACACCCAUAUUGCUCAGGUUAUAUUGGAUUUUUGAAAAAUCUGAAAAUUUCAGAUUUUUCAAAAAUUUGAGAUAACCUGAGCAAUAUGGGUGUCUAAAAUCGGGAUUUGAGUUAACUAAUAAGAUCCACGUGGUUUCAGAGCCUGGAAUUGAAUUUUGAGCAAAAUCUGAAAAUUUCAGAUUUUUCAAAAGUUCAAGAUAACCUGAGCAAUAUGGGUGUCUAAAUUCGGGAUUUGAGCUAACUAAGAAGAUCCACGUGGUUUCGGAGCCUGGAAUUGAAUGUUCAGCCUAGAUCUGAAAUUUUCAGCUUUUUCAAAAAUUUGAGAUACCCUGAGCAAUAUGGGUGUCAAAAUUCGGGAUUUAUGCUAACUAAGAAGAUCCAUGUGGUUUCGGAGCUUGAAAUUGAAUUUUCAGCCAAGAUCUGAAAAUUUUCUGAAAAUUUCAGAUUUUUUGAAAAUUCAAGAUAACCUGAGCAAUAUGGGUGUCUAAAUUCGGGAUUUGAGCUAACUAAGAAGUUCCACGUGGUUUGGAAGCCUAGAAAUUUCUCCAAAUCUAGAUCUGAAGUUUUGAGCCCUCAAAAAUCUGAAUCUACCGAAAUUUACAUUCAAAAAGCUCCAAAUCCCCUCAAAAAUUCAAAUUUUCCAGCUUUCGACGAGUUACUCGAACUCGCCAAUCGCGGAGACCAUCGAAACGUCGACAAAUUGGUGUGCGAUAUUUAUGGUGGAGCCUAUGAUGAAUUGAACCUGAAAGCCGAUUUGAUUGCCGGUUCAUUGGCUAAAGUUAGUCCAACUCUUGAAAUUUGCUCUAUUUAUACUGAAAAUCGAUAAUUUUCAGUGUAGCACAUAUGGCGGAGCCACGUCGAAAAAUCAUAAAGCCGAGGAUAUUGCGAAAAGUCUUCUUUUGAUGAUUAGUAAUAAUAUUGGACAGGUAAGCGGGUUUUGGGCUCAUUUUCGGGCCUGGAAACCACGUGGAUUCUGAAAAUAAUGAAAUUUGGAGCAUUUUGAUAUCCUGGAAGCCUGGAGUUAGACUAAGCCCUGAAAUUAGGCCUAGAGACAAUUUUCGGGCCUGGAAACCACGUGGAUUCUGAAAAUCAUGAAAUUUGGAGCAUUUUGAUACCCCGAAAGCCUAUUUUUGAAGAAUUACGGAAAUUAGCUCUUCAUCUACAGUACCCUGGCCCUACCGUAAUCCUACAGUACCCUAAACCCUGUUUUUCAUUAUCAGCUUGAAAAAUGACGAUUUUAGACACCCAUAUUGCCCUAGUUUACUUGAAAAUUCAAUUUUCUACAGUACCCUGGGCCUACCGUAAUCCUACACUACCCUAAACCCUGUUUUUCAUUAUCAGCUUGUAAAAUGAUGAAUUUAGACACCCAUAUUUCCUUGGUUUCCUGAAAAAUUUGAAAAUUUCACCUAAGCUCCGCCCCCCCGCCCCCCUACAGUACCCCCUACCGUAAUCUUCCAGAUGGCCAUGCUAUACGGUACCCGCUACAAUCUACGGCGAAUAUAUUUCGGCGGCUACUUCAUCCGCCAAGAUCCCAUCACCAUGCGAACCCUAACCUUUGCCAUCAAUUUCUGGAGCAAGGUACAGUACUCAAAUCUACAGUAAUCCCAAAAACUAUUGAUUUUUAAAGGGACAAACCGACGCGCUAUUCCUGAAACACGAAGGAUAUUUGGGCGCGAUGGGCUCGUUUUUGGAUGAGGACGGAAAAUUGGAGGAGUAG